UCUCUCUGUGAAAUCCUAUGACGAAAUUUCUAGCGACGCGUUAAUUACUUGGAGAUUUUAAUAAUAAUUUUGUUACUUUAUUGACCCUGAUCUUGUUGGCGAUGCAGACUGUAAUAUAUAGAUAUAUUGCGAUCUAUACGUCGUAUCGAUUUAAGGACGAAUUAAACAAAAAAAAACCAUAAUCCGCGUUUCAUUAUUGGCAACGAUAUUAAACGUAGAGGUAGAGAAGCGGUAAAAAGAAAAAAAAAGCAAGAAAAAAGGAAAGAGGAAGAAGGAGGGCCAGCCAAGUGGAAGAUGAUAGAAGAAGGAAGAGAGAGAGAGAGAGCAAUGUCAAAAACUAACUGAAAACCGUAUUGUAACUCGUAAACGACUUUUCUGUCUAAUUAUUAGCUCUAUUCGUUCUGACCCGGUAGGAAACGUGUGUUAAAGGGGGGGAGGGGGGGGGAUCGAGAAAAUGUAUAGAAAACGAGAAACCAUUUAAACGAUUACCCAUUGUACGUCUCUUUAAAUCCUACAAGUGCCAAGUUGGUGAGAAAAAAAGUCCUUACAAAGGCUCGUGUUAUUAAGUAUCAAUUUCCAACGCAGGAGAGAGAGAGAGAGAGAGAGAAAGAGAGAGAGAGAGAGAGAGAGAGAGAGAAGUAUAUUUCGCGAAGAGAUUAACUCUAUCAGUUUACCGAACCAAUCAAACAUGGAGCUCGACAAUCCGGUUCAGAUUAUAUCAGUAUUAUGUCAGACGUUGUCGGGAUGGAACGCUCGACGUACAAGGGAAACUCGAAGACACGCUUCGUUUUUCUCGUCGUGCUUUCGAAAAGCAGAGAGAGAAUUUCGCCCGAAUUUCGGAAAGUCAACAAUCAAGCUGAUAGAGUUUGAAACGCGUGAGAACGCAAGGAAGAGUGACGGAACUUAAUGAUGACGAAAACGUGCUUUUAUUCGUAUUGUACGCAGUUAGGCAGCAUGGAACCGCGACGGUACUACUGAGAGCUUAAAAAAAAAAAAAAAUUCACCUUCAAUCUCGAACGCGUCGAGGAGGCGGUCGAGGUCCUCUGUUAAUUCGGAUUCAAACUGGGAAAUUGGUGAAAGUGGAGGGGAGAGGGGGGGGGGGAAGCGUUUGAACAAAGAUCGAGCAGUGGUGAGGCGGUGUAAAACGUGAAAAUAAACGGAUGUCUGUGCGACACAGUAAAAGAAGUAAAAGAGAAAGGAAGAGAAAAAAAAAAAAAAUCACGAAAUCAUAUCGACUCUUCUUAAUUUAUUCUCCUCAGCCACUCCCGAAGACCUACCUCUCCGCUCCUGUCGUCUUUCCUCUCUCGUCGAGGUCCUGCGGGAUCCUGGGCACCUCAUCGGCCGCCAUUCACAGAAUCACCGAGAGCAGGGAGAUCCUGUCGCGAAUCAUGCAGGAGGAGUGCUGCUGGUUCGCCACUCAGUCCAGAUGCGGUGUCUCCAGGAUUUCCGACGGCGUCGUCGCGGGAAAUCUUGAUGCAAAGAGAUCAAUCUGUUGGUAUUUUUCGUGCCAGCAACCAAGAAACAAAGAAUGCUUCUGUCGAGGCAACACGAUGACCCAUCCGACGGAGGUGUUACGUCGACGAGGGAACUACGAGUCGUUUAUCAGCGAAAGAGGCGACGGUGGCUACGUGAUAAUCAGCGCAUCCGCCGAUGGGAAUCGAAACAACAACAACAACAACAGCAGCAGCAGCACCGAGGACGAUGAAUUUGGCAACGAAAUUUGCAAGAAAACAACUUCGAAGAAAAAUCCGGAGAAAAACGAUGGGAGCAUUUGAUAAGAUUACUUCCAAGCUCUUACGUUCUCUAACGAGGUAUCAGUUUUCAUUGGUGAGGGUAACAUUUGCUGAAAACUACAGAGUUUAUACGUAGAAAGACAGUGAACAAGUCACUAAAAGGAUUCUGUUUAAUUUCUGCUUAUUAAGUACAGUGACUCCCAUUAAUAUUCGAACGCUUGAAUAUUGAAGGUGUUAUAAUAGCUUUUCUGUUUUUUCUAUUUUUAUUUCAUUUGAUCACAUCAACCACUUGUGCAGAUUAUUAGCAAUUUGGAAUCUUACAAUUCAUUGUAAAAGUUAGACACUGUCUUAGAAAGUGUGUAUUAAUUUAAAGGCUGCUUCUUUAGCUUUCAGGUUGUCAGUCAGGGAACUACCUGUGUUUAGUCCAUGUCUAUUCGCAUUUUCUGCACUGGACAAUAAUACGUUUCACUGUCAAUUGAACUUUGCACAAAACACAAGUUGGGAGAUCUUGAGAUUGGUGUUAUGAUUUUGUUGAAAGAAAUUGUGUGAUGGUGAACUUGGAUUCACUUCAAAGCUUGAAACCUCUACUUUUAAAAUAGACGUUUAAAAUCGUUCAUUUUAUACUAAUUGUGAGAUGUUCUCAUACCGCAAGAUGUUCAUGUAGCAGAUGACAAAGUGAAGACACUUUUCUCAUCUAAAAUGCUAUGAAUUGUCUGACUGUACAGAAACGUUGACAAAUUUCUUUUGUGACUGAAUCCACGGUAGAUUUGAAGAUUAAAACCUCCUCUUUGCAACAACCCUUCAAAACUUAUUACAAUUUCUUGAAAAGUUCAAUAAAACAGCGACAAAGAAUUACACAUGAAGCUUGCCAAGGUGGCAUUGUGAAGGAGAGACUUCAAUCUUCAGACCUAUUAUAAAUUUAAAAAAAUUAGACAAUUCAUAGCAUUUUCUAGAAAAAAUAUCUGAGAAUAAAACGGACAGUGCAUUUCGAGAACGGAGACUUCAAGGCUACCGACUUCUUUUCUCACAAAAGUUACAACAGUUUAAAUAUUUGACGUCUGAAUAUUAAUAGGAGUCGCUGUAAAUAUAACGCCGUUUCUUUCAAAUAUAACGUUCAAUACUUUAACACAUUCGUGAUACAUAUAAUAUUAAUAUUCGAAACAAGCAUAAGAACAUGUGUGUGGAAAUAUUAGAAACAACAGAUGUGUACCGUGUU